AUGGGCUGGCUCAGCUCGACCCGGCAGGGCUUGUUUACUAUGGCUGAUGAUCUGGAGCAGCAGCCUCAAGGCUGGCUGAGUAGCUGGCUACCUGCUUGGCGCCCCACGUCUAUGUCACAGCUGAAGAAUGUGGAAGCAAGGAUUCUCCAGUGUCUCCAGAACAAGUUCCUGGCCCGAUACGUGUCCCUCCCAAACCAGAACAAGAUCUGGACGGUGACUGUGAGCCCCGAGCUAAAGGACCGCACCCCUCUGGUGAUGGUGCAUGGAUUCGGGGGCGGUGUGGGCCUCUGGAUCCUCAACAUGGAUUCACUAAGUGCCCGCCGCACACUGCACACCUUUGAUCUGCUUGGCUUUGGGCGAAGCUCAAGGCCAACAUUCCCAAGGGAUCCAGAGGGGGCUGAGGACGAGUUUGUGACAUCAAUAGAGACAUGGCGGGAGACCAUGGAGAUCCCCAACAUGAUCCUCCUGGGGCACAGUCUAGGAGGAUUCUUGGCCACUUCUUACUCUAUCAAGUACCCUGAAAGAGUUAAACACCUCAUCCUGGUGGACCCAUGGGGCUUUCCCCUCCGACCAACUGACCCUAGUGAGAUCCGGGCACCCCCAACCUGGAUCAAGGCUGUGGCCUCUGUCUUAGGGCGUUCCAAUCCAUUGGCUGUUCUUCGAGUAGCUGGGCCUUGGGGGCCUGGACUGGUUCAGCGAUUCCGGCCAGACUUCAAGCGCAAGUUUGCAGACUUUUUUGAAGAUGAUACUAUAUCAGAAUAUAUCUACCAUUGCAAUGCACAGAAUCCCAGUGGUGAGACAGCAUUCAAAGCCAUGAUGGAAUCCUUUGGCUGGGCCCGCCGCCCCAUGUUGGAGCGAAUUCACUUGAUUCGAAAAGAUGUGCCCAUCACUAUGAUCUAUGGGGCCAAUACCUGGAUAGAUACCAGCACGGGCAAAAAAGUGAAGAUGCAGCGGCCUGAUUCCUAUGUCCGGGACAUGGAGAUUGAGGGUGCCUCACACCACGUCUAUGCUGACCAGCCACACAUCUUCAAUGCUAUGGUGGAAGAGAUCUGCGACUCAGUUGAUUGA